UAGUCUAGGACAGAAAGAGUUAAAAAUAAGCCCCGCCUCCUCUGAGUGACUCAGCAAAAACCGGAAGUGUUUACAGCUGUCAACACCCUGCUGCUGAAAGGCUGCAGCAGUCAGUGCUGACAUGGCAGGCCGGCUCUCCCUGCCUGAGGUGGACCUCACCUGCCCCGUGUGCUGCGACAUCUUCAGGGAGCCGGUGGUGCUGAAGUGCAGCCACAGCUUCUGCGCGCCGUGCCUGCAGCAGUACUGGACCCGGCAGGGCCGGAGGCGGGACUGCCCCCUGUGCAGAGCCCCCAGCGUGGACGACCCCGUCCCCAGCCUGACCCUCAGGAACCUGUGUGAGGCCUGCGUGACGGAGGACGGGGGUCAGGCCGCCGGGGACGCCGAGGGGGAGCUGUACUGCGACCCCGAGGUCAUGUGCCCCCAACACGGGGAGAAGCUGAAGCUGUUCUGUCUGCUGGACAGGGAGCCCAUCUGUGUGGUCUGCCACACGUCCAGGAAGCACAAGCAGCACGACUGCUGCCCCGUCGGCGAGGCGGUGGCAGACGUGAAGGACAAGAUGAAAUCUGCCCUCAGCUCCUUGAAGGAAAGGCGAGAAUCCUUCGAGAAGAUGAAGAAGAACUUCGAGAACACGGUGGUGCACAUCCAGGAACAGGCCCGAUUUGUGGAGAGGAGGACCCACGAGGAGUUUGAGAAGCUCCACAACUUCCUGCAGGCUGAGGAGGAGUCCAGGAUGGAGGCUCUGAGGAGGGAGGAGGAGCAGAAGAGCGAAGGAGUGAGGCAGCAGAUCCAGGAGUUGGAGGAGGAGCUGUCGUCGCUGAGCGAGACCAUCAAGGUUCUGGAGGAGGAGAUGGUUCUGGAGGACCUGUCGGUGCUCCAUAAAAGCAAGAGUACUCUGGCAAGAGCUGAGCGGCCGGUUGAAGAUCCGGUUCUGGCUCCAGGAUCCCUCAUAGACGUGGCUAAAUAUGUCGGUUCUCUGGCGUUCCAGGUGUGGGAGAGGAUGCAGACGCUGAUCAAAUUCUCUCCCGUCACUCUGGACCCCAACACGGCGGCGCCCUGGCUCGUCCUGUCCGAUGACCUCACCAGCGUCCAGGACAGCGACGUGAAGCAGAAGCUUCCCGACAAUCCGGAGCGCUUCAACCCCGACACCGCCGUGCUGGGCCGGCAGGGCCUCAGCGGCGGCAGGCACGCCUGGGAGGUGGAUGUGGGCGGCAACACGGCGUGGGUGGUGGGCGUGGCCAAAGAGUCCGUCAAAAGGAAGGAGAAGGUGGCCUCGGUGUUGAACAACGGCUACCUGUGCGUGUACUUCUACCACAAAAUGUACUUCGCGGGCACGUCGCCGCUGACGCGGCUGGCGCUGAAGACGAACCCGCGGAGGAUCCGAGUGCAGCUGGACUGCGACAAGGGCAGGAUGUCGUUCUACGACGCGCACACCAACGCGCACAUCCACACCUUCAAGCACAGCCUCAGCGAGACGGUCUUCCCGUACCUGUGGGUGGGCUGCCACAACAGUCCGCUGACCAUCCAGCCUGUGGAAGUUUCCCUCAAACUUCACGAUCUUUCCUAAAAAAUGUCAAGAAAACCUUUUCAAAUCAAGUAGCACAAGUGGCAAUCUUCAAUUUUUACUCUAAAGGAGGAACCGUUUGCACUUUCUUCUACAUUUUCUAACAUUUCUUGGUGGCUUGCUGAUUGUGGUGCUCUUAUUUUGAAAAAUAUUUUUGAAAAUUACAUUUCUUUUAGUAAUUUGCACGUCACUCUUGAAAAUAUUUAAUUAUUUUCAAGAUUUAUGUGGUGAUAUCUAUUGAAAAAUGCUACUAAAUGUUAAAAAAAUGCACGUUUGAUUCUAAAAAUAAUAAUAAAGUUAAAUCUUUACGUC